AUGACUACGUGCAUUUCUGCCGCAGAGGCGAAAGGACCUCCGUCGAAAGCACCCCCAAAGAAUGUGCAGCCAGCAUAUUCAGGAACGGGCGAUGGCGCUCAAACAGCCGGCGCCAAGUCGUACAAGAAGGGGAAAUGCAAGAUCCAGAUCCGCCAGUACCAGCGCAACGAGAUGCAUAACUAUCUGAACCCGGGGGAGUAUUCACUCGAAAUGGCACUGCUCGACGACAAGAAAAACCUCAUCGCGUACACCAGGAAGACUAAGGCGCCCCCGGCAAAGGAAUUGCCAUCCAGGGACCACUGGAAUUCAUUGUGUUGUGCUCGACGGGCAAGACGGACAGCGAUCCGAUCAGUUGCUCAUAUGGCGCCCACGACUGGAAAACAGACGAACACGACGACUCUACUCCUCCGGUUCUGCCUGGUCUUGGAGGAGGGUAUAUUCCUCCUAGCUCUUAUUCCAAAUCCGGGCCAUGUACCAUCUCUAGUUUUGACGGAGGGAUUCGCGACGCGUCUUGCACCUUUGCUUGUUGAUUUUUCGACACUGUCGAUCCUCUCUUUUCAGUUAGACAUUAGACAAUAG